AAGCCAAACCGCAACACCACCAGACGCCUGGCGCGCCCGUGCGUGCAGCCGCCGCGCGCGGCCACGGUCCGCUCAACCCGAUGCCGCAGUCGGCGCAGCCCGGCGGCGAGACGCCGCCCAUCCACCGCCUCCUCGAGCUGAUCAAGUCCGAGCCCGACCCCGCCUCCGCGCUCGCCCACCUGGAGCUCCUCGUCGCCACCUGGCCGGCCUACACCCCGCCCCAGCCGCUCCUCUUCCACCUGCUGCGCCGCCUCGCCACCUCCGCCCCGGCCCGCCUUCCGCGCCUCCUCGGCCUCCUCCCGAGCCUCCGCCACCGCCCGCGCUUCUCCGAGCCCGCCGCGCUCGUCGUCCUCUCCGCCUUCUCCCGCGCGCUCAUGCCCGACGCCGCGCUCGCCGCCUUCCGCCGCCUCCCUGCCUUCCUCGGCUGCAACCUGGGCGUCCGCUCCCAUAACGCCCUCCUCGACGCUCUCGUGCGGGCCCGUCGCUUCUCUGACGCCGACGCCUUCUUCGCGUCCCUUUCCCAUGGCGCCUUCGGGCGCCGCAUUGCCCCCAACCUCCGGACUUACAACAUCAUCCUCCGCUCCCUCUGCGGACGUGGGGACCUCGAUCGAGCUCUGAUGCUCUUCGAUUCCCUUCGCCGCUGCGUAGUUGCUCCGGACCGCGUCACCUACUCCACUCUCAUGUCUGGGCUUGUCAAACACAGCCGCUUGGACAUGGCACUUUACCUGCUCGACGAAAUGCCGACCUAUGAAGUGCAGCCUGACGCUGUUUGUUACAAUGCAGUGCUCCGAGGGUGUUUCAGGAAUGGUGAAUUUGAGAAAGCUAUGCGGGUGUGGGAGCAGCUGGUGAGAGAUCCUGGUGCAAGACCCAACCUCUCCACUUACAAUGCGAUGCUUGAUGGCUUGUGUAAACUUGGGAGGUUUAAGGAGGCGGGUGGGGUAUGGGAGAGGAUGAUUGCAAAUAAUCACCAAGUCGGCAUGAUUACCUAUGGGAUUCUGAUUCACGGUUUGUGCCGGUCACGGGAUGUGGAUGGUGCAGCAAGGGUAUAUUCAGAGAUGAUCAAGACUGGGCUUGUUCCUGAUGUUGCCAUAUAUAAUUCACUCAUCAAGGGGUUCUGCCAAGCUGGGAGAGUAGGAGAGGCUUGGAAAUUCUGGGACUCUACCAGUGUUUCUGGCAUCCGUAAUGUGAUAACGUAUAAUAUAAUGUUGAAGGGGCUCUUUGAUGGUGGCAUGGUCGAUGAAGCUAGAGAAUUGUGGGAGCUAUUGGAGAAAGACACUUCGUCCUCUCCUGACAUGGUGAGUUUUGGCACUAUGAUCCAUGGGUUAUGUGAGAAAGGCUUUGCUAACAAGGCACUUCAAAUCUUAGUGGAAGCACAGACCAGUGGUAAAAAAAUAGAUGCAUUCUCAUAUUCAUCCGUGAUAAGGGGACUGUGCAAGGAUGGGAGACUAGAUGAUGCAGUUAAGUUAUAUGAAAAGAUAUCUAUGGAUGACUGCAAACUGAAUCCUCAUAUUUACAAUGCACUAAUAAAAGGGUUCUGCCAAGCAUCUAAAUUUAGUGAUGCUGUAAGAAUAUACGGCGAGAUGGCAAACAAUGGUUGUUCUCCUACUGUCAUCACUUACAACACUCUAAUAGAUGGACUAUGUAAGGCUGAAAAGUAUCAAGAUGCUUCAAGCUUUACAAAGGAAAUGUUGGAGAAAGGUUGUAAACUAGAUGUCAAUACUUAUGCUUCAUUGAUUCGUGGCCUUUGUAGAGACAAAAAAGUUGAUGCUGCCCUUGCUCUGUGGAAUCAAAUUCUUGAUAAGGGUCUUCAGGCAGAUGUCAUGAUGCACAACAUCUUAAUCCAUGGUCUUUGUUCUGCUGGGAAAGUAGAUGAAGCUUCGCGUCUUCUCUCUGAGAUGAAAGAGAAGAAUAACUGCCGCCCAAAUCUAGUGACCUAUAACACACUCAUGGAUGGAUUUUAUGAAAUGGGUUGUUUUGACAAAGCAGCGUCUCUGUGGACAGCUAUUUUAGAAAAUGGUCUGGUACCUGAUAUAAUUUCAUAUAAUACAAGAAUUAAGGGUCUAUGCUCUUGUCAAAGAACACCUGAGGGUGUCCAAUUAUUGGAUGAGGUGCUUGCACAAGGAAUUGUACCAACAGCCAUCACAUGGAAUAUACUGGUCAGAGCUGUCAUCAAAUAUGGACCUAUUCAAAUAUGAUCUUUUAGAAUUCCUCUUGCUUCAGUGUGAUAUAUCCUGUUCAAAGAUGACCUGAACAUACCAUGCCAAUGGAAAUUCGACUCAGAGCACCUGAACAAUCCAGGCCAAUGGAAAUUCGACUCAGAGAAGCAAGCUUUCUACAUUACUCACGAGGCAUCUCAAUUACAUCAUUUGCAAAUUGUAAGGCAGAGUAUUACCAUCUGGUAAGCUUCUGGUGGUGACCCUGUACAUAAAUGACCUGACCAACCAAGCGAGUGAAAAUUAGACCAACCCCCAUCCAUUUCGCCUUGGCGUUGCAAAGCCGUCACUGACAAUUGUAAGAUGGGAGUGUUACCAUCAGCCCAAGGGUUACGUCAUUCCCAACCAUUCCCUUUUUUAGUCUGUUCGAAUACCAGAACCGCCUAAAGUGUAACACUGGCUGAUUAUUUCAAGGUCAAUACAUAGUCUUCCAGUUGACAAGAUGCUCAGCAGAGAAUGACAUCGCUUAACUUCAUCGCAUCUUCUCCUUCACCAUUUUUUUUCUUGAGAUAAAAAGUUUUUUAUUCUUCGAAUUCCGUCUAUUUUCUUGACUAUUCAUUGUUGAACCUUAACUUUUUAUUUGGCAAUAUUUUGAAUUUUUGGUACCCUCUUUCGAUCAAAAUUUGUGAACAUGGAUUUUUAGAGUGCAUCUGGAUUGUAAUCCUGUUACCCUGUUUUGGCUUUUAAAAGUUGUAAUUGCUGAAACAUAUCUCUGAUGCAAGAGUGAGGACAGCUUGAGUUUAUCAGACCUCAGGUUUGAGAAACUUGUGGUUUAUAUGCCAAGCGACAUCAUAAAUGGUAUCUUCGAUUACAAAAACCGCAUACAUUCAUAUGAAUUCUAUGCACUAUUGUAUUGGUACUGAAAAUAUUAACUGAAUUCUAGUGCUACUUAAGCUUUCUACCCUUUAACUUUUAAGUCUUGAGUAUACAUAUCUUCAUUUUCUUUUUUCGUACUUCUGGUGCUUAUAUAUACUGCUCAUGGAUGACCUGAGCAACCAGGCAACCUUCCAUCUACUUUAUCCAGUUGUUGCAAAGAUAGCAUCCGGAAAUGUAAGACCGAGCAUUGCCAUUAGCCCAAGGUAAAUGCUCAUUUGAGUAUUGACCCUGCACCUCUUUUGCCAUAUCUUCUAUACCCACUUCGAAUCAAAAUUUGGCAAAUUUGAAGUGUUAGGUGCAUCAAAAUUGUAACUAUGUUACAAUUAUUUUGGCUUUUGAAAGUUGUAAUUGCUGAAACAUAUCUCUGAUGCAAUAGUGAAGACAGCUUGAGUUUAUCAGAUUUCAGGUUCAAGAAAACCUGUGGUUUAUAGGCCAAGCUACACUGCAAAUGUUAUCUUCGAUUAUAAAAUAUACGACCAUUCAUCCCGCUCGCCAGCUUCUGUGGUGAUAUUUCUGUCCACAAAUUACCUGAGCAAGCAGGCCCAUGGAAAAUCAGACUCGGAGUAACAUUUCUCCACUCUACCUAAGACGUUGGAAAACAACAUUUACGUUUGUAAUCAUCUUGAGAACUACUACCUCCAUUCCUAAAUAUAAGACGUUGGGACAGUUAGACGUUGGGCCAGUUAGACGUUGGGACAGUUAUAUUUGGGAAUGGAGGUAGUAGAUAGUCUUCCAGUUAACAUGAUACUCAGCAGACAAUGGCUCCCAUAACUUUAUCCUGGUCUUCCCCUUCACUAAGAAUUAUCUUCUUCUAAUACUUUCUACCCUAUAACUCUUGAGUGUACAGUACGGAUCUUCAUUUUUUUUUUCCUCAGCUCCUGUUGCUCAUAUGUCCUUCUGAUGGAUGGCUUGAGCAACCAGGCGAUCAAAAAAUUGACCGAGAACGGCAACCUUCCAUCUACUCUAUCCAGUUGUUGCAAAGACAGCAUCUGGUCCUGGAAAUGUAAGACUUUGCAUUGGCACCAGUCCAAGCUGCCGGUGGGGAUAUAUCUUGCUCAUAGAUGACCUGAGCAACCAGGCCAAUGAAAAUUAAACCCAGAGCAGCAACCUUCCUCCAUUCCACCUCUGGCGUUGCAAAGACGGCAUUUGCGAUUGUAAGACUGAGUAUCGCCAUCAGUGCAAGGUAAAUAUUCAUCCGAGCUUUUGACCCUGCAUUCUCCUUUGUUAUCUCUGUGACCUUCUGUGCUUCGAUCCUAGCCAUCACCUUGAUUUCCUCAUUGUUUUGAGGUUUUUUGACCUUCCCAAGGCUUUUGAAGAACAUGCCUUCGUUUUUCUCCUCUUCAAUCCAAUCUUCGAAGUCUUCUAACACCCUCUCGUUCAUUUCUAUCUCCUGCCUUUGCAUUUCAGCUGUCUCCUCGUAGGACUGCAUCUUGCUGUCGAGUCGCUCCAUUAUCUAUCAUAUCAGAAAUGCAAUUCUCUGUCAGACACUAAAUGAAGAAGCAAUAUGCUGUUUAAUCCGUCCAUGACAAGGGAUGCUCACCUGGUCCCCAAUUUGAUCGAGCUCUUUCAUGGCGUUCUGCCCAAUCAUAUCAAACUCGGUGUCGGCAUCCUUGGUGAACUUGGUCAGGUAAGCAGACCGCUCAUCCAGGAAGUUUGUGAUGCGGACCUUCUGCGUCUGAAGCAUGGCGAUUUUUGCAAGCACCUCCUGCUGGCGUUGGUCACCGCCGUGCGGCAGGGGAGCGUCGGAUCCAGCAUCUUCGGAGCUGCUCUUACAGAUGGAAAAUUUCCUCCUGCUUAGAUGCAGUGCAUGUCGGCGCGGGGAGGAUCUGCGCGGCCAGGGAAGGGAUGUCCGAACGGUGUGAAGAGUAAGCAUCUCCUCUUGAUUCUCUGGGUCUUUGGUGUGCUGCUGCUUUUGGUCUGCAGAGUAACCGUGGCGGAGUUUGUUUCUGCACCUCUCGUUUCCUGGAGCCUGGGAACGAUAUCCACGAAGCCACGCUGCUGUGCUACAUGACAAGACCAAGUUGCCCCUUGCGUGCUGCGUGUUCACUCAGGUCCAUUUCAACCCAUGCCACUUUCCCGGGGAAUUGGACCCUGCCUCGUCUCGGUUCCUAUCCAUUGAGCCAAGUAGUGCCAAGUAGUGCUUUGUGUGUAGCCACCGUGAAAUCGAUGGAAUCCCACUAUCUGCCGUGCAAUCAUGAACUGGGCUGAAACAGAGGUGCUAGCUGGGCCGCAUCUACUUAUGUUUUUUGUACAACGAAGAGCUGGGCUAGCCUACAUUGAAUGGCCACCUACAGCUAAUCAUUCGCCCUACGAAGCUAUGGGCUAUGGGCUAUGGCCAUGUCCACAGACACGAAUUAUUAGUUGAUGAAUCCAUGUGGUCGUUUGGAGUUUUUUUU